CAGCUUUAAAAAAACACGCAAAGAAGCACUAGAAGAAUAUGAUGUUUUCCUCAUAUAUAUGGAUUACAAGAAUAUGGUGUUUUUUCAGCACGAGAUAUUAGUGUGUUUUGUGGUGUAUAAUUAAGCAUGGUUGUUGUCGAAGUUGGUCUUGUAUCAGUCCAUAUCUUGAGUUUCCAAGACAUGACUUAUUUCGCAAUCUCUGCAUGCAUGCUGAUGCAACAUGAGGAAAGUGUUCUAUGUGCAUGAUGUAUCAUGUUGAUGUGUCCCACGCUGUACGCCUAUACAAAGCUAAGUAUUUACUGUUUAGAAAAUUUAGUGUAUCAUUGCACCUUGUUGUUUAUUGGCGAGUUUAUUCCAUACGGAGGAAAGGAAGUUGAGAUUAUCUGAUUGUUAUCAUUUUCUAGUUUUACAAUCAGCGGCAUGCAUAUUCAACUAAGAGUGUAACUAUGCUUUAAUGAUGUCCUAAGGUGUAUGCAUGAUCUCGGAGGGCUGGAAUGCUAUUCCACGCAGCUAGAAAAUACCCAAACUUUAGAACAUCGUCAGUAUAAUACAAUAGUAAUAUCAGUAUAGUAAGUAUCUUCGGUUGAAAAUCUGCGCAAGUGGAAGUUCUCUCAACUGAAAAUAUAGAAGCGACUGGAACGAGAAAUAUAAACAAUGGACUACGUUGGUUUAAUCAUUGGUUUCAUAUUACUCUCGCUUUCAGGAAGGUCUCGUGUGAUAUAAAUGUUCAAGGAAAUAAGCAAUAUCGCUUUUGACUCGUUGUUGUGGUCCUGUUCAUCUCGUUUGAUUAAAUCUCAGAAAGGUCAAGAAAUAUAGUUUUACCUCAGAACAAAUUCAGGAAUACUGUCAUUGAUGCAAAGAUGACGAAUGAUCCGUGUGACUUUGCUAAUACCAAGUUUAAUUUUACACCUACGUUCGACUUCUCGAUAUUUGAAAACUGCACAUUCGACAACAUCUCAGCCUCAGGUGAUCCGAACGUUUCCGGGAACAAGACAGUGAAAACAGUAUUUUUGUUCUUGUUUUAUUGCACAGCUAGCAUUGGUAAUUUUCUACUUCUUGCUGUCAUGUUUAAAGAUCCGUUAAAACGUUUUCGUAAUGCGACUUCAUAUUUCAUUAUCAAUCUUUGUCUGGCCGACAUGUUGUCUGCAGCAGGUGGAAUUACUGACGAAGUCUUCAAGUUGCAUCCACAGAACACGACUGUUCAAAACAUCCCAUUAUGUAUAAAUGCUAUUGGUAUACAAUGUUCCCUACUAGUGAUCAUGCUAUUUUCAUUAGAUCGCUAUAUGGCUAUUGCACGCGCUUAUACCUACAAAAAUAUAACGGAAAAGAAGCAAGUUAUAGUCACGAUACUAAUUCUGCCAUGGUGCUUUUCAGUCAUCGCCCUACCAGUUAUGUAUUUCACAUCAGUUACCAAAGAUGUACAUUGGUUAUUUACGUUAAUUCUUGCUGUUGAUUUUAUUGCGCUGUCAUUGGCCACCGUAACUUUACACCCGUAUACAUAUUGGGUGUUCCUUCGGAGAAUAAAAGAUUUGCGAAAAUCAAGCGCGAAUCAUAGGCAACUGUUGGAAGAAAAUCUAAAGGUGGCCAGAGUUUUGGCAACAACUGUUUUAGUGGUGUCGAUUUGUUGGAUUACUUUCACGAUUCCAUAUUUCGUGGCAUUUUGUUUUCAUGUUUCCAAUUGUGAUAGAUGUUUUUUAAAUGACACCUUUCAAUCAUUUUGGAAAUAUUAUCCAUUAAUAUCAAGCAUUCGAGUAACGUUCAAUAGCGUCGUUUAUGCCUGGCGAUUACCGUUAUAUAGAAAAUCAUUGAAGGUUAUUUUGUCAACGUGUGGGAACCGCAUACCUUGUCAGCAUAUAAAUAUAAUAAGCUGCAGCAAAGGAAGCUUCGACAUGGACAAGGCGUCCAAAAAAACUAAAUCAACUUCGUAUGAAGACAAUUAUAUUGUUGAAAACCAGCAAGCAAAUGAAUGCGUUUAAUAACAAUUAUAAGUUAUAAAUACUAUAAUAUCUCGAUAAUAU